CUCGAGUGACACUGUCGUUCAGUUGCUGCCACACUUGAUUAGGUACGUUCCGUGUGCUCCGGUCGCAAACCUCUUCGUCGGUAUGGAUUUCUAUCAUCUUCCUCUUUCGGCCCCGUGUCAGGCAGUGCGCUUGGUUGCAAAGGCGCUCAAGCUGCACUUGAAUCUGAAAGAGCUCGAUCUGCUGAGCGGUGAGCAUCUGAAGCCAGAGUUCCUGAAGAUUAACCCGCAACACACCAUCCCGACGCUGGUCGACAAUGACUUUGUGCUGUGGGAAUCGCGAGCGAUCCUGACGUACCUGUGCGAAAAGUAUGGCCAAAACGAUGGCCUCUACCCGAAGGAUCCGAAGAAGCGCGCGAUGGUGAACCAGCGGCUGUACUUCGACAUGGGCACACUGUACCAGCGCUUCUCGGAAGCCUUCUACCCGGUCAUGAUGGAGGGCAAGGAGCUGAACCCCGAGAAAGUGCAGAAGCUGGACGAGGCGCUCGAAUUUUUGGAAACUUUCCUCGACAAGACAGCGUUUGCGGCGGGUGAUAAGCUGACGGUGGCGGACUUGAGCCUGCUGGCAAGCAUCACCACUAUCGAUGUGACUGCCGCUCAUGACCUCAGCAAGUACGCGAACAUUCAGCGUUGGUACGGCCAGCUGAAGGAGUCCGUCGCGGGACACGAAGAAAUUUGCGUUGAAGGUGCGCACAAGUUCCGGGAAGCGUUCAACGCCAUCAGCAAGUGAGUCGCUCGGCCACCCAACAACCCAACAACGACAACGAUGGUGACAAUAAAAAGUGAUUCGCGAACUAAUUUGUCGCAC